AUGACGGAGAUGUACUCUGGUCUCCAUGUGGGCCAGCGGUUUUCCUCCCUGGAAGAUUUCAAAACAGCAAUACGCAGUGUAUCGGUCAGACAACACUGGGAGCUUCGUGUGGCCCGAAGCAACAAAAAAAGUGUGGUGAUUGGGUGUCGAUCAUCGGCGAAUUGCUUCUUUCGUGUGGUGUGUCGCUCGAACAAGAAUGCGACCUACAUCACCAGUCUCCAGGAUAGCCAUAGUUGUCGUCGCAAUGCAGAUUCUCCUGCAGCCACACCUGCUCGCUCUGAGGCUUCUCAUGUGCGAUUUCUCCUGGGCGAGAUUCCCAAGCUUUUCGAUAUGAAAUCGAAAAUACGGGCGCAGGAUGUCGUGGAUGCCGUGAAACGCUACCAUGGGUAUGACAUUUCUAUGCGCCAGGCACAGCGUGCGCUCACAAAGCUUCAACCACGACACGCUGAGAGCCAUGAUGAACAAGGGCUCGAUCUAGACAUGAGUGUAGGGGAACAGCAGUCACCUGAACAAUCUCCGGAGUUGCAAGGAGAUGGGGUACAAGCAUACGGGGAGAUAUCUGAGAACCGUUGGCUUCCAGAUCAUCUUCCACAAUCUCUGAUUGACGAUGAUGACAUUUCACCGAACGAGGCUUCAAAUAAUCACAUACCUGCUCCUGUUCCUUCAUCUAGUUCUCAAGCUCUACCGCCUCCACCUCAGGUGCAGCACCCAUCAAUUCCCACACCAAACCCACCCCCUUUCAGUCACAAUCAGCAUCCAAUGUCUAUAUCUCAACCAGGAGUCGAAUACCAGACCGCUGCUACUUUGCCUGUAGGAGUGGUUGAGCCACCGAAAGAUUACCCCCAGCGCAGUGAUCAUGCAGCCGUACCCCAAAUGGUUAUGACCAAUUUCAAAAUUGAGUUCACUUGCACAACCUGCGGGUCACUUAAUCAGAGCUUCUUUCCGAAUCAGGGAAACGUUACUGGUGCCAGCUACAUGACCCACCAUGCUGUACCAGAUCCUAGCAACAUGUCGGGACACUCCGGCGCUCCUCCUCAAAAUGGAGUAGGAAAUAGUAACAAUGCUGUGAGCGAGUCUACUGCUUAUGAUAUUAACGCCUCCAACACAUCUACCAUGCAGAACACCUGGCCUGGUGGAGGCAUAGGAGUCCCAAUUGGAUCGGCACAUACCUAA